AUGGAGAAUACAUACAAAGAAGAAGAUAAAACAACUACAGGUACAAUCACUUCUACUACUAAUAAUAAUAAUGACUACAAUCAAAAGGAUAAUGAAAAGAAAAAGAAACAAAAAAUGACACUCAAGACAGCAAGCAAACCGAAAUUAGUUGAUGCAAUCAUCGUUCGUCGAGAGAAAGAUUUGAACUUGCAAAAGAUCUUACACGAUAACAAUCCUUCGCUUCAAUUUCAUCGAGGUUAUGUAGAAUAUAAUCUCCCUGCGUUGAUUAUUAUCAAGAUCCUUCAGUACUACUGGAAGCUAUCGACCAACCACACCAGUCCACUCUACUCGUAUCGUGAUGCAUUGGUUCUAACCCUCAUCAACAAACAAUUCUUUUGUGUUGUUAAUGAAAUGUUCAUCAGUACCAAAUUGAUUCAAAAGUAUAUUGAUAUCGACGAGAUCGAAGAAGCUGGAGAUAGACAUCCGUACUGGCACGAUGUUUUCUACUAUGACUAUAAUGGACGUAGGAGAUAUCAGUCGAAAUACAAUCCCGAAUAUGAAUAUUCCACAGACAGAGUAUCAAUUGAAUUUGGCUAUGCACAUUUGCUCAAACCAUGGUGUCCUUUCAAGAAUAUUGUGAAACUCAAGGUUUCUACUACGGUGAUGGAGUCAUUGAUGCGAUCCACCUCUUCAAUUCAUCUCCAGCAUGUCUUAUCAACUGUAGAAAAAUUGAACAUCGUAUCUGAUCAGAAAGGCAGUAUUACAAUUCAAUCUGUAAAGAGUAUAGGUAUAACAAUGUAUAAUCUCAGAUAUCUUAAACUCCCAUUUGCAUUCAGCCGAUCGCAUUUCAAAGUGAUGGAUGUGUUUAAAUCACUUAAGAAGAUUGAUUUCGGUUGUUUUCAUCCAGAUCUCUAUACAAUCAUUCCAUCGAUCGAGCAGGUCUAUUCAAUAAAAUUGGAUAUCGUUGCCAUUCCACUUUCUAACAGAAAUAUAGUUACAAAUCUUGGUGGUGUUUGUCUGUCAAAACGAGACUAUGGAGGCUGUUUCGAAUUUCCCAAUCUCAAGGAGUUGGCUUUUGACAGGGAAACCAAUAUUAAUAUAUUCACACAUUUCCGAGAGUCCACUCUUAAUAUCACUUAUCUCUCUAUUCAUUUGAAGACCAAUCUCAAGGAGUGGUUCCCAAUCAUCGAGAGAUUAAGAUCAAUCAUCACCAUACAUGAUCAAUGUCAGUAUUCUAACCAUGAAAAUGAUGGAUUGGCGCUCUGUAAUCAAUUCAAACAAAGUUUAUCUCCAACCUUAUCUCGGUUCAUCAUCACAACAGAUAAAGUCUUUGAUGCCUCCAACUAUUUACUUGAUAUGGGAUAUCAUCUUUCAUUUGAAACAACAAAGUACCACAAAAAGCCAUCAUCUCUCAGAAAAUUAUAUUUUAAUAAAAUUAAAUAA